AUGUCGACACGCAUUGAGCAGAUUCUCACCGACACGAGCCGCGACUGUGGCUCUUGCUCGCCCGGGACGCCCUCGAUUGCUCCCUCUCUUACCUACUCCGAAGACUCUGAGGACCAAGAUGAGCUGCCUCAACCAGAACCGCACAGAAGGCGCCGAGCCUCUACCAGGCUGAUUUCUCAGAGUGCAGCAGACAUUCAAAGAAUCACUGGCGAGUCUACGACGGAGCUGAUCAACAGAUGUUGCGGCGGAGGCUGCUGCAUGAAGCUGGGCCAGAAGAAGAAGGAAGGCUUGGAAUAUGAAAGCAUUCCUCUUCCCGACAAUGACGCCUUCCGGAGUCUUUGCCUUAAGAUUGCGGAGAUUCCCAAGGUGCUCAACAAUGUUGCCGAGAUGCCCCAGCAGACGGCUUUCUUGAAGCCCAUACGCCGCACAUCGGACCGUUUGCCGUCACCUACCGACUCGGCAAUCUCGGUGAGCAGCCCGCGUGAUGCUUCCGACGCGUCCGAUCAACUCAGCAAGAGUCUGGCCAAGCUUGAGCUGGAAGACCUCGACACCACUAUUCAGCCACCGUCAUUUGUGCAGCCACACCCACCCUACCAUGUCUUCCCGGCCAAGAUUCACAACACUCGAGAGCUGACAAAGCUCGGCGCUGAGAAGAGAACUUACCAUUUCGAUCUCGACAUUACGGACUACCCCACUGAGAAUGGCCUUGACUUCAAGGUUGGUGGGGCCAUCGGAGUCUCUGCACCCAAUGACACUGAAGUUGUCGAAGAGAUUCUCGAUCUGCUCGGUGUGCCGCGGUACCUCCGCGACAAGCCAGUCCUCCUGCAGACAACGAGUGGUCGAUGGCCUACCGUCUGGGGCGAUGAGCAAGCCCGUGAACUCGUCACCACCCGCAGAGCCUUGCUCACUUGGUGCUCUGAUAUCCAGUCAUACCCACCUACCAAGCAGCUCCUUAGAGUGUUGGCUGAAUAUGCCAACGAUCCCAAUGAGAAGAAGCUUCUCAUGUUCCUUUGUGCAGGCGAAGGUCAAGGUGUAUUCUGCGAUUUCCGCACGGGCCCUCACGUGUCGCUGUCCCAGAUUCUUCAUGCAUUCCCCUCUUCUAAGCCGCCGUUGGAUCUCUUGCUUUCGGUCCUGCCGCCUUUGAUGCCGCGCUUCUAUUCGCUGUCCAAUGACCCCCAUGAGAACUUUGAGGUCCGCGACGGCAAGCAGCACCGCCUCAUUGAGAUUGCUGUCACUGUUCACGAGUCUGCAGAUUGGCGCAAGGGACAACGGACAGGAAUUGGCUCUGGCUUCUUUGAGCGUCAGUCUCGCAAGUACACUGCAAUGCAGGCAGCUGGUGAGCCUGCUCCACAAAUCUAUAUCCCCAUGUUCAAGGGAUUGAUGGCAAACCCAUUGGCCAAGCAAUUCGUGUCCGAUGGCCCAAUGCUGCUCAUUGGCGCCGGUGUUGGCAUUGCCCCAUUCCGAGGCUUUGUUCAGCGCAGACUGAAGAAUGCAAACUGUGCCAACAAGGUGUGGGUGCUCCAGGGUAUCCGUGACUCCUUGGUCGAUGAAAUCUACCAGGGUGAAUGGGGAGUUCACGAAAGCGACGUCAAGCGCAUUGUCGAGAGUCGCCGUGGCGAAGGUAGAUAUGUGCAGGAAGAGGUUACCAACCAGGCUGAUUUAGUCUGGUACGUCAUCAACUCAGUGGAUGGCCGAGUCUUUGUCUGCGGAAGCUCCAAGGGCAUGGGCGAAGGUGUUGAAGAAGCACUUGUCGACGUGGCAAUGAAGAAGGGCAACCUGGGACGACCCGAGGCACAGAAGUUCUGGGACCUCAAGAAAGAGGUUGGCCAGUACAUUGCAGAGGCAUGGUAG